AUGUAUGAGAAGAACCCCCCCGAAAUGUUUGUCACUCUUGAUGCCUUGAACGUUCUCCUGAAGAAAGUGCAGCCCUCUGAAAAUGGACUUUUGCCCUUUGAUGCCUGCGUAGCGUGGCUCAAAAGCGUCAAGUCCAUUAAGCCCUGGGUGGAGUGGAUCAGUCGGGACAACUACCAGCUUCAGUUCUACCAGAAGAAGAAGAAACUCCUGGAGAGUGUGUUACAUCGCUGGACCUGCACCAACAUUGUCUACAUGUUGAUUGACCACCUGCUGCACAACGAGACACAAAUAGAGGAGAAACUCCUGAGGCUUGUGGUGAAGCAGUUCAUCUUCCUCUGGAAUCGCCUCUACGCAACCCCGGGCUUUGAGCCGGAGAAGACUUUUGAUUUGGUGACGAAAGUGCUGAAGAAAUGCAACGAGAAUGCCGAUGUUGUGUACCUGGUGAAAGGUGUGAAGGAAUGCAAGAGCUGCCUGCGGGAGAUCACUGAGCCGGCGGAGCUGCCCUGCAGCCACAUCUUCUGCACUCGCUGCAUCCAGGAGUGGACGAAGAAGCAGUGUAAGAUCUGCAAGGAGGAAUUCCCGGAGGAUUACACACCCACGGCUUCAGAGGCCACAAGGGAAGCUGUCGCCUGUCACAACAAAUUCAGGAGGAAAUGCAAUUCCUUCUUUGUUGAGUUCAUCACCAUGUACUUUUUGGGAGACAGAGAGGCACCGUCUGCCGAAAUCAUUCAGCGACUGAUACAGUUUGUGGCUUGCAAACCCAACCCCGAGCAUCAGUCGGGGAAAAGGGUGUACAAGCCGAAAAGCGAGUUGUCGCCCUUCGAAGAGUGCAUGGACACCAGUCCUACCAUCCAGUCCUCCCUCCUGAAGCUGCUGCUGCGAUGCGGGUUCAACAACAUCAAGGUUCACUUGGAAGAAUACCUGUCCCAGAUGGAGGAAAAGAUAAUAUCCAACCAAAGUAACAUGGACCAUUUCUACUUCAUGGUGGUGCACUGUCUGGAGGAUUUUAUGUACCCUUCUUCCGAAGAAGACGUCAGCCAGCUUGCUGAAAACUGCCUUUCCACCGCAGACCUAUCUGCUUUCUGCAAGCCCGAGGUCUCAAGGAUUAACACCCUCCAGUUCAUCGCCCAGCUCCGGCUCUCCAUCAGCUACGUGGCCACCGUGCUUGGCAGACGGAUGCUUUCCGAUCCCAACGAACCCGCUGCCGAGGGGAAUGAGAAAGAGCAAGACGUGGUGAAUGCAAUGAAGAAGCUGGUUGCGAAGGCUCCGACUCCGUGGCCUCAGGUCUUCCUCAUUAGAAAUCUCUGUGACAUCUAUGGGCUCACCUCUAUGUGGAAGAUCCUCCAGGCGGAGAAGUGGAUUUUACCCCAAGGGGUAGAAAUUUCGCAGGAUAGAAGCGCCUGGUCGAAUACAACGCUGAUGUUUUCGGUGCUGGACAAAGCACAAAACCAGCUAAAAAGCAAAGAUUCCACAGAAAACCAGAGCUUGACUUCUGUCAUGAGACAAAUGGAGAACGUCCUCCGGCUGCCCUCCGUCCCAGAUGAGCUGCUGGAAGACAAACUGAAGAAAAUCAUGGAUGCUUUGGGUGACAGUGAAGACCCAGGCCUGCUGGAGGUGGUCUUCCACACUGCGCUCACUCUGGCCUUGUUCCCGAGCCACAUCACUCACCUCCUCAAGAACAUCUGCUUCAAGCCUGACGUGGUGAAGGGGUCCUACCUUCCCACCAUGCCUGGAGACCUGCUUUUUGCUGAGGAGAACUGGAAAAUUGGUGGGACGGAUAAGAUUUGGACUUGUCAGUGUGGCUCGUACUGGAUUGUCACCGGCUGUGGGCUUCCCAUGGAAGUAAAGAAAUGCAAGUGUGGCGCUGCCGUUGGGGGAACUAACCACAAACCUGAGACAGGCUUCAUGCAGAAGGAAAUCACCGAGGAUAAAACGGAGAAAGGGUACAUCCUGGAGAGCCCUCACUUGCGGAGAAACGAGGUGGAGAGGUGCCUGUCGCCUGCCUGCGUCGGUCUUGCGAGAGCUCUGCUCCAUUCAUCCCUCCUGCUGGGGAUCUACGCUGACAAACAGGCAAUUCAAGACCUGAUGAAAGAGGAACCGGAGGAUGUGGAAGCGUUCUUCUGGGGCCACCUUCGCAAAGACGUGGCGUGCCUGGCAGAAGCGCUCAGCAGGAACACGGAAGAUGCCGUGUUGACUGUCCAUCUGUUUCUACAGCACCUGAGCAACGACAACCCAGCAGAUGACGGCAUAGCCUUGAGCAUCCUGCAUGAGAAAAAGGACCGAGAAGAAUGGGAAACCUCCUUCAAAGCCCUGGCGCAGCCCUUCUUCCAGGAAUUGGAGCAGAGCCUUAAUUCUGUCAAGGAGCAGAGGAUGAACGAAGGUCCCCAUGGCUCUAGCCUCCUCCUGAAAAUAGCUUACGGCCAGACACCACCUUUCCAAGACCUGCCGAGGCAGGGGUUGAUCAACCAGCCCUGCAUGUGGAGAUUUGAACAGAAGAUGACCAUCCAGACCCUGAUGCAUUUCCUGCAGCAGGAAGAUGGAGAAGGCACUGGAAAUCCAUACCCCAUUCUGCUGGAGCUCCUGUCGAAGCUCGAGAACAUCCGACAUGUCCGACACCUGCCCGACAUUUUCCGUCUCCAGAAUGCCCUGAUCCACUUCUUCCAAAACAGCCAUAAAGGGGAAAACUACACAGUCCAGCAAUUCCUGGAGCAGCCUGAACUUUCAGAGGACCAGCGUUUGGCUUUCAGCAGAGCUAUAGAGACGAUCCGGAAAGUUUGGAGCAAUAUUAAGAUGAAUCCAUCCAGUUCAGGCAUCACUGUCCUGCCGGAUCUCUCGCCGAACGACAUCAACACCAACACUGCUGUCCUUCACCUCCUCCCCACCCAACCGUCCAUCAGUCACCUGGUGACCACGUUCCUCAUACAGCUGCAAAACAGCUGCGUUGACACGGCCGCGCGGGUCACCAGGGAGAGGCAACGGUCCAUCUCCGCAGAAGAGGUGAAGCCUUCCUCCGUGCUGGCCGUAACCAAGAGCGAUCUGGUGACCAUGGCGCUCGCCAACUUGCAGUACGAGAUAGACGAAGACGGCACCAAGACGACCUACUUCGACUUCCAGAUGCUGCAGCGGCAAGUGGUUCAUCGCUUCAUCAGCGGGAAGCCCAUCAUCAAGGCUCAGACAGCUCCAUCCAUUGCCCUCAACAACGUGAGGACCCUCCAGGCCACCAAGACGAAAGUCAGGGACCAACUGCCCCAGGAGCUGCUCAGCAUCAACCAGCAGAAGCGCAUCAUGGAAGAGGCCCGCUCAGUCAACGCCCUCUCCAAGGCCUUGGCCACCGUGAAGGUGGCUGCUGAGUUCCUGGCAGUGACGGGUGGUGACCCGGAGCGCCCGCUGCCCGAGUACGUCCGGCAGGAGCUGAGGAUGGACGCCGGCGCAAAGCAGUUCCAGGAUGUGCCGGUGGUGCCCAACACCCGGCUGAAGCACAUCCUGUCACUGUGGCAGGUCCUGGCGGCUCGCAGGUCCAUGCUGUUGGUACAGAUGAACCAGGAUCCCUUCUGCCUGGUACCCAAGCAGUUCCAAGGGCAGCUGAAGGCAGAUGAGGCAAAGGCCCUGGCCUCUGUGUUGUCCAACACCAACCUCGACCUCUUCCUCAUUGAGCUGCACGAGAUGAUCACGGUGGCACUGUCUGGAUUUCAGCCCGAAUAUAACCUGAAGUGUGCCUUUAAGUUCUUCCUGGAAGACAACCACGUCCCCGCCACCUCUGUGGCCACCCUCACGGAUGCCCUGGACCCAGACAUUCCCAUCAGGAACAUCCUUUCCGUCUGGAGGACGGCUGCGAAGACCAGCCAGAUCAACGUCCCUGCCUACAGCCAGGAGAGGCCAGCCCAAGGCAGCCAUUAGCCCCCUUCUCGCAAUGACCCCGUUGGUGGCUUGUCCCCAUAGGCACAGAGGAAACGUCUACCCCUAAUUCCAGCUCUGAGGGCAACACAUGACCUGCAUGUGGGCUCCUGGAGCAGCUCAAGCCUCCAAACCCCCAAAAUCCUGCUCCCCCACUGCCUGAACCCGGGUGAGAAGCUCUCACCUGGACCCACCACUGCCCCCUCGGGGACCCCAAGCGUCCCUCCAACCCUGCCAAGCCACAGCAAGAACCUGGAGAGCAUCCCCAUGGACACGUCCCCAGCGCCGCUACCCCUGCCCUCAGUUGGCCAACUCUGCCCCCCAGCAGCCCCCAAAGAGGGUCUGAGGAGCUGGAGCCCCUCUACCACCCCAGUGUUGGCCAAGGGGUGCUUCUGUGUGUCCCUAUGCCCAUCGUCAGUGGCCUCUGUCCUGCCUUGUCCCUCCUCUCCCUUCCUGCUUCAUUAAAUG